AUCAUCGUUAAAUUAAACUAAUCGCUUUUCAGUCACUGCCGUGUUUGACCUCUGAAUCACUAUAUAUACACACAUCAUAUAUAUAUAUAUAUAUAUAUAUAUAUGUAUGUGUGUGUGUGCAUUUUCUUCACCGCGUCUACAUACAAAUACAAUUCGCUGCUGCGUCUGGGCACCGUCUUUCCAUUUCCGUUUCUCGCAAAUCGAAUUUGGCGAACUGUAACAUUUGAUUUCACGUUUUGUUGCGUGAUUUUGCCUCUGAGCAUGUUUUUGAGCUCGAUUUGGCUUGAUUUGAUUGCGUGAACAAUGAGAAGAGGAGCGAAUGGACCCGACGCGAUGGAGACCAUUAACGCCGCCGCCUCGGCGAUCGCAUCUGGGGAGACGCGCGGCGAUCAUGCUUCGAGUCAGAAAAGAAGGUGGGGAAGCUUCUGGAGCCUUUACUGGUGUUUCGGAUCACCCAAGAAUAAACGAAUCGGGCAUGCCAUUCUUGUUCCUGAAAGUAGUGCCGCAGGGGCUGAUUCCACCACAGCUGAACAUUCAUCCCAAGCACCUUCGAUAGUAUUUCCUUUUGUCGCGCCUCCUUCCUCUCCUGCAUCCUUCCUUCCUUCUGAAACUCCAUCUGCUACUCAGUCACCGAGUGGGAUAUUCUCAAUGACAUCCGUAUCUGCAAACAUGUAUUCUCCCGGUGGUCCUGCCUCGAUGUUUGCUAUCGGUCCUUAUGCUCACGAGACCCAGUUAGUUUCUCCUCCAGUCUUCUCUACAUUCACCACAGAGCCAUCUACUGCCCCCUACACGCCUCCCCCUGAGUCGGUCCACAUGACCACACCAUCCUCUCCUGAGGUGCCGUUUGCGCGACUUCUCGAACCCAACCUCCAGAACGGUCAGAGAUUUCCCUUUUCACAGUAUGAAUUCCAGUCCUAUCAGCUUCAGCCUGGCAGUCCAGUCAGCCAUCUGAUCUCACCGAGCUCGGGCAUCUCCGGUUCAGGCACGUCGUCUCCUUUCCCUGACCGCGAAUUCGCAGCUGCCGGACAUCCCUUCUUCCUCGAGUUCAGAACUGGGAACCCCCCUAAACUUCUAGAACUCGACAAGAUUGUGCUACGCGAAUGGGAGUCGCGUCAGGCAUCCGGCACGGUAACUCCGGAUGCUGCAGGCCCCAGAUCGCGCGAUAACCGCCUACUGAACCGUCAAGAUUCAAAUGCCUCUCCGGUUUCAGAUUACGGCUACAGGCUGCCAAACGAGGAGAGCGCAGUGAGUCAUAGAGUUUCGUUCGAGAUAACAGACGAGGAAGUGAUAAGAUGCGUGGAGAAGAAGCCCGUGGCGCUGCAGUCGAAUACAAGCUCACAACACAUGGCUGGGUGGCUGGAGAAGGCGAACGGGUCGAGCAGGAGACGGGAGGCGGAGGAGGGGGAGACGGAACGAGGGCAUCAGAAGAAGCGGACGAUCACCCUAGGAUCGAGCAAGGAGUUCAACUUCGAGAACGUGGAUGAAGCGAGCAUGGGGUCAUCAGAGUGGUUCGUCGGGGAGGAGGGAGGAGGAGGACGUAGCGAGAAGUGGUCGUUCUUCCCGAUGAUGCAGACGGGGGUGAGCUAGGUAGCAGCAGCAGCGACAUUGAAAUCAAUGUAAGUUUAGGACUGACUCAAUAUAUAUACUACACUGGUUUUAUCUGACCACCAGAAUAUAGCAAUAGCAGAUAGGAGGGGAUUAUUCUUCUUAGAGACCAAACUGUAUGUCUCUGUCUCCUUUAGUUGCUUACAUUUUCUUGUAUAUGUAAUAUAAAUAAUAUAUAUAGGUGCUGCUUUUUUCUCUCU